GUUUUGGCGCGGUUAUAGAACUAGUGCGUUAGGUAGUUGCUUUUUUGUGGGCUAGAUUGCGUUCCUGUGAAAAGACAGUUAUCAAUUUUUAAAACUAAGGUCGUUCACAUAAAAGAUGCCAUCUGAGGAUAAAAAAAGAAAGGCUCAAGCGAAAAAAGAAGCAGUCAAAAAGCGGAAUCAAAAGCAAACGCGAUCAACGGUGUUAGACAGUGAGAAUAAUGCAAAGACUGAUAAGGAAACCGGUCCUACGUUUCAAAAUGGGUUAGUAUCUGGUUCACUGAACCACAAUCAGAUUCGUGAUGAUGACUUUGUAGGUAGUGAUGAUGAAAACAAAGAAGUACAUCAAUCCUUAGUUGAAACCCUGGAAUGCUUAGAUCUUGUUAGUGAACGUGUUGCUGCAUAUCGAUCUGUUACUGGAGUCCUAGCUUCUCAUCCUGAAGCUAGAGAUGUCCAGUUUUCAAAUUUAAGUAUCACUUUUCAUGGGAAAGCUUUAUUAUCUGAUACUCGUUUGGAAUUAAACAAUGGUCGGAGAUAUGGAUUGAUUGGUCCAAACGGUUGUGGUAAAUCUACUCUUCUAGCUGUAAUAGCCAAUGGGGAACUUCCUGUGCCACCUCAUGUUGAUAUUUUUCUCCUGCAACGUGAAAUGCCACCAACAAGCAAAACUGCAUUGGCGUGUGUGAUGGAAGUAGAUGAAGAACGUGUACGUUUGGAAAAGGAAGCUGCACAACUGGCAUUAGAUAAUGAUCCUGACACUCAUGAACGUUUACUAGAGGUUUAUCAACGGCUAGAUCAUUUAGAUGCUGACAAAGCUGAAGCAAAAGCAGCUGAACUUCUUCAUGGUUUAGGAUUCACUGCAGAAAUGCAAAAGAAAGAGGUUCGCCAUUUUAGUGGUGGUUGGCGAAUGAGAAUCGCUUUAGCUCGAGCUCUGUUCGUUCGUCCUGCAUUACUGCUACUGGAUGAACCAACAAAUCAUUUGGAUUUGAAUGCUUGUGUUUGGUUGGAACGUCAACUAGUCAAUUAUCCACGAUGUUUAGUUGUAAUAUCACAUUCACAAGAUUUUCUCAAUGGUGUUUGUAACCACAUUAUUUUGAUGAACAAGCAGAAAUUGACCUAUUUCGGAGUAAGUUUGCCUUUUUCUCUGAAUAUAUAG